GGUGUUUCAAAGGAGAAUUUGGGGGAUCAAACUGGCUCGUGAACAAAUAUUAGUUCAUUUAUUUCCCAACUGCAUGACCUGAAAGAAGAAUUUGGCACGCUUUUCUGGGUUGCGGUAGGCUGCCUGGCAUGGUAGUUCAGCAUGGGCUAUAACUGUUGUGAUGUGCUGAUGAGGCACACAGAGGCUGAAGGACAGUGGUGAGGAAACACCCAGGUUAGAAAGAAUCAUCCACAGCUCUGUCUCUCCAGGGGAGAUUCUCUACUCCACUGGAAGGCUGUACUGGUUUUUUCUUGGACAGAUCCACAGCAACUUGUUUACUACCUUUGCCCUAAAUCCCCAUCCAGAUUCAUUAGGGGCAGGGCUUUGACACAAGACAGAGCAAGGGUGGCUCUGGUCCAAGACAGCUUCUGGAAGAAUACUGGAGUCAAGAACCAUUCAGAUGAGAUAAAAUGCAGGCAUAGCAAAAUGACUGGGGACAGGAGAAGAGGAAAUGGAAAGGUAAAGCAAUACAGCAGCGGCCAGUCCACCAGAAGAUGAUGGGCUAAGGCAGAGGGAAGAAAGCAGUACUCAGCGAGAGACCACAGCGCUGGAACAUAGAAGGUGCAACCUCUGCUGACCCUCACUUUUACCCACUUCCGCUCACCUGUAGGAUUGGGGAUAAAAUCCAGGACAUGCUACGUGAAAACUUGUACCAAAAAAGGAAAAACAAAAUGGCUGUAAUAACAGAGUUGAAUUCCACAUUAGAGAACAGCGAGUUCUCCCAAGAUAUGCAAGUAGACAAGAAGCACAGUCCCAGGAAAGUUAAUAGCUUUUGUUCCAUUCGCUAUGGAAUAGCCUUCAUUGCACAUCUCUUCAACUUCAUGCUGGCUGUUCAGAAUGCUGCCCUGACUAUCACCAUGGUAGCCAUGGUCAACAGCACAGACCACCAGUCUAAGGUCAACAGCUCUGUAGGCUUACCAGAUGGCCCAGAUAAAGCCCCAGUGAGUCUUCCUGCAAAGGCCCCUGUGUAUGACUGGAGUCCUCAGACCCAAGGCAUACUCUUUGGUUCCAUCAACUACGGCAUGCUGCUGACAAUGGUCCCCGGGGGAUACCUGGCAGGGAGAAUGGGAGCAAAGAAAGUGUCUGGUAUCUCUUUAUUGGCAUCAUCGCUGCUCACUCUCGGCAUCCCUUUGGCUGCUAAUCUUGGACUAUCAUUCUUCAUUGCCACUCGAGUAGUCAAAGGUCUAGCCCAGGGCUUAGGACUUGGGGGUCAUUUUGCACUUUGGCAAAGAUGGGCUCCUCCACAUGAACGAAGCAGACUCGGCAGCAUUUCUUUAUCAGGAAUCCCACUGGGAAUGUUCAUGGCUAUCCUCCUUGGUGGCAUCAUUAGUCAAGCCUUUGGGUGGCCUUUUGUCUUCUAUACCAGUGGAGGCCUCGGCUGUGUCUUUAGCCUUCUCUGGUUUGUUUUGGUGUAUGAUGAUCCUGACUCUCACCCAUGGAUAGGCAUCUCAGAAAAGGAGUACAUCUUAUCAACCUUGGACCAACAGGUCAGCUCAGAAGAGCGGUCUCUUCCCAUCAAAUCUAUACUCAGAUCUCUGCCCUUUUGGUCCAUUUGUCUGUGCAGUUUCAGCCAUCAGUGGUUAAUUAACACACUGGCUACGUACACACCUACUUACAUCAGUCACAUGUUCAAAGUCAACAUCAGAGAUAAUGGCCUCCUGUCUUCCCUUCCUUUCAUUGUUGCAUGGAUUGUUGGUCUCCUGGGUGGCCAGCUGGCAGAUUUCCUUCUGUCCAAGAAUUUUAGAUUUGUCAUAGUGAGGAAAACUGUCACAUUUCUAGGACAACUUCCACCUUCAAUACUCAUUGUGUCCCUGCCCUACCUCAAUUCCAACUACAUUAUAACAAUCACAUUUCUAACGCUAGCAUGUGGAGUGGCCCCGUUAUCUCAACCGGGCGUCUAUGUCAAUGCCUUAGAUAUUGCUCCAAGAUAUUCCAGUUUUCUUCUGGGAGCCUCAAGGGGAUUUGCACACAUGUCAGCUGUGCUGGUACCCAUCAUCGGUGGGUUUCUCCUCAAUCAGGACCCUGAGUUUGGGUGGAGGAAUAUGUUUUUCUUAUUAUUUGCCAUUAAUGUUUUUGGAUUGAUCUUCUACUUAAUAUUUGGAAAAGCAGAUGUCCAAGACUGGGCUAAAGAGAGGAAAAUCACUCGUUUAUGAAGGUAAAGGAAAACUCUUUCAUUUCACAGAAACACAACUUAAAGUUUUACAUUAUAUGUCACUUUCUUUUCAUAGUUGUCCCCCUUUGGAUGGAAAAAUCAUGUUUCGUAAAAAGGAAGACUUCAGUGAUGAAAAUACAACAGAAAGAAUUGUAUUUUCUGUGGCUCUUAUAAAAUAUGAGAUGAGCUUUUUCUUCUACUCAGACUUCUCCUGAGGAAGAUAUAAGAUGAAUAAAAAUACAAAUGAAAUGAUCAUGAAGAACAAAGUUACCCCGUUUGGAUUAAAAAGAGAUGUAUGGAAGCCACUACGCUAGUUUCCAUUUCUGGAUAUAAGAAACAGUGAAACCCUUAGUCCUAGACAGCAGUAUAUUUUUCAUAAUUGAUUAGUAACACAUGAAUAAAUGUUUAUUAGAUUAAUAUUGAUUAAAUUGCAUAUUCAUUUCUGUUU